AUGCCCGGCCCAGCGCCGCCAUCGCGCCCUGACGUCACCGCCGCGCCGCGUGACGUCACCGCCGCCGCCGCCAUGGCCGCCCGCAGGGCGCUGCACUUCGUGUUCAAAGUGGGAGACCGGGCCCGCACGGCGCGGUUCUACCGGGAGCUGCUGGGCAUGAGGGUGCUGCGGCACGAGGAGUUCGAGGAGGGCUGCAAGGCCACCUGCAAUGGCCCUUAUGAUGGCAAAUGGAGCAAGACCAUGGUGGGCUAUGGACCAGAGGACAAUCACUUCGUGGCAGAGCUGACUUACAAUUAUGGCAUUGGAGAAUAUCGCCUGGGCAACGACUUCCUGGGCAUCACUCUGGUGUCCAGACAGGCUGUGAGCAACGCCAAGAAGAUGGAGUGGCCCCUCAAAGAAGUCACCUCUGGUGUCUUUGAAGCUGAAGCCCCAGGAGGAUACAAGUUCUACCUGGAAGACAAGGAGCAGCUCAAGCAAGAUCCCGUGUGGAAGGUAACCCUGGGUGUCUCAGACCUGCAGAAGUCUGUGAACUACUGGUCUGGUUUGCUUGGGAUGAAAAUAUAUGAGAAGGAUGAGGAGAAACAAAAGGCUUUGCUGGGCUACGCUGAUGACCAGUGCAAGCUGGAGCUGCAGGCUGUGGGAGGGGCAGUGGAUCACGGGACAGCGUUCGGCCGCAUCGCCUUCUCCUGCCCCAAGGAACAGCUGCCAAGCAUUGAAGCCCUGAUGAAGAAGGAGGGUCAGAAAAUCCUGAUACCUCUGGUCAGCCUGGACACGCCUGGCAAAGCCACAGUGCAGGUGGUGAUUCUGGCUGAUCCUGAUGGCCAUGAAAUCUGUUUUGUGGGGGAUGAGGCGUUCAGAGAGCUGUCCCAGGUGGACCCCAAUGGUGACAAGCUGUUGGAUGAUGCCAUGGCUGCAGACAACAGUGACAAGUGGUUUGCUGAGCACAACAGGAAGAAGGUUUCAGCUUAGCUGGAGGAAUGGACUGGGCUGCUCCUCUGUGCCUUGGAGUCCUUCCAGGAGAGCUCCAAUCCUGGUUAAAGCCCUGCCUUGCCAAUCAGAGGGUUCUGGGAUGUCCCGUGGUGGUUUUUUGGGUUGAUUUAAGGUGAUGGCUCUGGCCUGCUGCUCUCUCCCUUCCUGCAGAUCACAGCUCCUCCUUCCCAAAAAAUGGGGCUGUGCAGCAAAGGAGCAGCUGAGCCCUUGGCUUCAAAAGCAGGGCUCAUCAGGCAGGAAAACUGCACUUUUCUGUGUUGUUAUAUUUGAAAAAAAGUUGAAUAGCUAUAUUAUUUUAUGAUUAA